CGGAGUCGGAGUCAGUGAGCAGGACGUGGACCGGCACCGCAGUGAGAGUGUGCUGCUGAUCGACAGGAGAGAGACGAGGAUUCCACGGACAGCCGGGAAGGGACGGUCCAUUCUAACGGUCACGCCACCGGUCACCCCCAUUCUCUGAACACCAGUGAUCGCCAUACCCCCUAACACCCUGCCGGACCGUCCGGUGGCCCCAACCUCAGACCAGCGCGCCGUCUUCGUCUGAAGGCUCGGCCCGGAGCCGGCCUCAGUCAAUAGCCAGCCAUGGGCUGCGGGGAGAGUAAACCAGCACGCACCAAGAUAAAGGUGACCACCGCUCGUCCGGCCGGGCGCGGUGACCCGACAGAGGAGGCCGUGGACCUGACCAAGCCGCGGUCAGGGGUCUCUGGAGUCUCCGGCAGGUCCACGGGCAGCGCGCCGCCGGCCCUGUCCGGUCAGCUGGUGGUGGAGGAUGACCUCGACAUUCCCAACUGUGACCUCGGGGAGUCACUGGACGCGCGGAACGGCACGCUGCUGUUCGGCUCUGCCAAAUCGCACUCGGCCAUGUCACAAGAGAGUGCCGACAGCGGUAUCUACGAUCUGGACGAGACUUACAGCCACGUCAUCACCGAACACUCGCCGGCAGAUGUCAUCGCAGAGGUGGAGCGCUCCUUCAAGCCGCCCUACGAGCUAGAGUUGGAGGUGGUGGGCAAGGCGGUGCCCCGUCUGCUCUCCGGCUACCAGAAGAACAGGAUGGAGGAGAAACAAAUCCUGCAGUCACUCAGGGAGGAGGGGCUGAUCGCUAUGCCCAAAGGCAAAGCCACAAACGGUCUCAGUUUUGAUAUCGUGGACAUCAAGGAGACGGAUGGGGUGCAGCGUCGCGGUCCGUCGGCCGUCCAGGACCGGCUGCCGGCCAUCCAGCUACAGAAUCUGGAGGCGAGGCGACAGGCACAUCAGAAGAAACUCGACCCGGACGCCGACCAGCGGGAGAAACUGGAGAGGAGGAAGGCCGCGGAAGAGGAGAGGGUAAGGAGAAUCGCGAUGAAGCAGCAGCACAUCGAGGAGGCGAAACAAAAACGCAUCGAGGAGAAGGGAGAGCAGCUAGAGAAGAAAAUCGACUCGGCCCUCGAUAAACGACAAAAGCACCUAAACGAGCUGCGAGACAAGCUGAAGAAUCGCCAGGACCACGCCAAGCAGGUGCAGCUGAAGAAGGCCCUCCGAAACUUCGGCGGCGUCGUCACCCACCAGCACAGCGCGUCGCGGCCGCAACUGACGGAGGAGGAGGACCACUUCUUCAACUAGGCCACCAGCAGGUCCAUCUCACCGACGGCUGGUGAUGUGAGACGCGUGAUGGAGAGGCAGAGACGUUACAAUGGAGAGGUAUCGAGAUCAGCAGUCUGUGUGGUGUCCAAUGCAAAGCACACUGUGCCCGAGUGUGUCCUUAGCUAGCUAGAGGUAACUGCGUUGUGAAAACCAGUUUCGCGUGAAUUUCACAACGGUUUGAAUCACAAAAAUGGUAUAUUACGAGAUAUUAUGUUACAAUAUGAUGUCGCGUCCGUAUAAAGCUCAGCAAAAGUAAAAGUAGUCUCGCCUAAUCUUGGGAGUCAUCGAAACUCGAUCGUACAUCUCACAUUGGAACGUUAUUGUCGCAUUCGAAAGUGAAUCUCGUUCUAUCUUUGAGUAAGUCUAUGUCUCGCUGAUGCCACUACGCUGGCUCAGUGGCUCAUUUGUGGCAUUUGUGACUGAAUGCGUUGUGCGACUAUUGACUUUUGCGGUGCAACUCUCGUGAGUGGUGUUGAGAUCCGAGAAGACGUUACACAGAUGACGUCAUGACAUAAUGUUCACCGCUUCUGAAGUCUGUGGCAACUGUUGCGAAAAUGAUAAAAUGCACUAGGGUUAAUUAUUGGUCUAAUAACGGCCAUCGUUACCAAUGUAUUGUAAUGGCUGAUGAAUUGUACUUACCGUUUAUAUUGAAACAGCACCUGACUAGCUGGUAACCCCUUUUGUUACUAGCUCAUUAUUUUUUACUGAUAUUACCUAUACUACUACUAUUGUUUUAUACGAUUAAUUCAUACUAUUAUUUCAUUCAAAGUUAUGCAUCGAUCGAUUGGUGACUGAACAGUAAACAAGAAAUAAUCACAAACAAAACACUUCAAUCAUAUUAUGCAGACUAUUGACAACUGACCAGUGACCAGUGACCUGAGCUCCCAAGACAUGUUAUCCCGCGCACCGACGG